AGCAACCUCAAUCCCAUCCCAUCACACUCUCUUUCUCACUGUCUUCAGUUUUAAUUUUUUUUUAUUGUUUCAUUCAACUAUGGCCGAAGAAGUUCCAAAGAAAACAACAGUAGAAACAGUGCCUCUUGCUGAUGAGCCCGAGCCCAAGCUGAAUCCAGAGCCCGAGGAAAAGCCCAACACUGAAGAGAAUGCUACUGAGACGGAAGCAUCAAAGCCUGAUGGCGACGAGAAAAUACCCGAGUCUGGCUCGUUCAAGGAAGAGACUACCAUAGUUGGCGAGCUACCUGAAGCUGAGAAAAAAGCACUUCAAGAACUGAAACAGCUUAUUCAAGAAGCACUUAACAAACAUGAAUUCUCUUCAGAUUCAUCUCCUAGUCCACCGGAUGAACAAAAGCCGGAAGCCACACCAGAAAGAGAAUCACAACCAGAUGCUGAACAAAACAACAAGAAAGAAGAGCAGAACAAAGAACACGUAUCAGAAUCAGAAACCGAAUCUGUUGUUGCUGUUUCAACUGCUGUUGUUGACGUGGCACCACCACCACCAACAACAGCAACUGAAACUGAGAAACCUAACGAAGGAGAAAAGAAAGAAGAAACCGAGGUGGCUGCUUCUUCUAUAGAAGAUGACGGAGCAAAAACGGUUGAAGCGAUUGAAGAAAGCGUUGUAGCGGUCUCUUCAUCGUCGAUUCCCGAAGAACCAAAAGUGGUGGAAGCUUCUUCACCGGAAGAGGUUUCAAUCUGGGGGAUCCCACUUCUCUUAGACGAAAGAACCGACGUGAUUCUGUUAAAGUUUCUCCGAGCAAGAGACUUCAAAGUGAAAGAAUCCUUCACAAUGAUCAAGAACACAAUCCGUUGGAGAAAAGAGUUCAAACUUGAAGAACUAUUACUUGAUGAAAACCUAAACGAUGAAUAUCUAGAAAGAACCGUUUACAUGCAAGGACACGACAAAGAAGGCCACCCUGUUUGUUACAACAUUUACGGAGAGUUUGAUAACAAAGAAGUUUACAAGAAAACAUUCUCCGAUGAAGAGAAGAGACAAAAUUUUCUGAAAUGGAGAAUUCAGUUUCUGGAGAAAAGUAUCAGAAAGCUGGAUUUUAACCCUGGUGGCAUUUCCACCAUUGUUCAGGUGAAUGAUCUAAAGAAUUCUCCUGGACCUACCAAAUGGGAGCUUAGACAAGCUACCAAACAGGCCCUUCAAUUGCUUCAAGAUAAUUACCCUGAGUUUGUAGCCAAACAGGUGUUUAUCAAUGUGCCAUGGUGGUAUUUGGCUGUGAACAGAAUGAUAAGUCCUUUUCUUACACAAAGAACAAAAAGCAAGUUCGUUUUUGCUGGACCUUCUAAAUCAGCUGAAACACUUCUAAGAUACAUAGCCCCUGAGCAACUUCCGGUUAAAUACGGUGGACUAAGCAAAGACGGUGAAUUCGGAAUCACCGAUGCUGUUACAGAAAUUACAGUGAGGCCUGCGGCAAAACAUACUGUGGAAUUUCCGGUUACUGAGAAUUGUUUAAUCUCUUGGGAGGUAAGAGUAAUUGGAUGGGACAUAAGCUAUAGUGCAGAGUUUGUACCAAGUUCAGAAGGAAGCUAUACUGUGAUAAUCCAGAAGAGUAGAAAAGUUGGUGCAUCAGAAGAACCUGUGAUUUGCAACAACUACAAAAUUGAUGAACCUGGGAAAGUUGUUUUGACCAUUGACAAUUCAAGCUCUAAGAAGAAGAAGCUCUUGUAUCGUUUGAAGACAAAAACUUCAAAUUCUGAUUAGAAAGUUUCAAUGUUAAUCUUUAUCAUGUGUUGGAGCAUACUAUAUAUUUUUUCUUUUUGUGUUUUUAAUUUGUUAUUAUUGUUUUGAGAAGAUCUUUUGUUUUUUGAAUUGUUACAUUGAUAUUGCAACUAUGCAAGGACUUAUUGGUCUAUUUUGUUUUGUUGUAUACAUUUCUUGUAAAUUUGGUGGGGCUUAAUUUGAUCUAUAUAUUUGUUUUUUUGUC